AUGUGCGACGAAGAAGUGGCUGCACUCGUGGUUGACAACGGAUCCGGAAUGUGCAAGGCUGGCUUUGCUGGUGAUGAUGCUCCGCGCGCCGUCUUCCCGUCAAUCGUCGGUCGCCCUCGCCAUCAAGGGGUUAUGGUUGGAAUGGGGCAAAAGGACUGCUACGUCGAUGAUGAGGCUCAAUCCAAGCGAGGCAUCUUGACGCUCAAGUAUCCAAUUGAACACGGGGAGAUGUCGAAUAGACCGGAGAGCAGCAAGACUCAAAUCCAAGCUAAUCCAAGUGGUUUAUCCAAUAUCGAAGUGGAAUUGAACCAACCAUUGUUCCAAAAGGACUUCUUGGCACAAUUGCCAAAGGAGAUUGCUUAUCGCAUCAUCGCCCAUUUGACACCGCGCGAUUUGAUGACUUGUGCUGGCGUUUCGCGGACGUGGCAACGGAUUUGUGAAGAUGAUCAGACAUGGCGACAGAAAUGUUUCGAGAACGGAUAUGUGGAAUUUGAUGUGCCAAGUUUUCGUUUUCUUGGAGUUUGGGCGGCGAAUCCAGCGCCCCGAGCAAAUAAGCCAGCGGGAAUCACAUUCUGUUCACAUAUGGACUUUCAAGAAGCACAGCAGAAUCGACGAGCACGCGAGAUAGCAUAUGGACAAUGUUAUGAGCGAUCGUCAUGGAAGUCUCUGUACUUGCGAAAGAAGCGAAUCAUUUCGAAUUGGCGAUCCCGGGCGAUUCAAUCUAGCACUGUCCAAAUGGUU